AUGUCCGUUCAUUUGCAUGGUUUCGAUGGCUGCCCAUGGUUGCGUUGCCGACAAUCUCUGGAAAAACACCGGCGUGAUUGUGUCAAUGCAACGGACUACUUCGAGGCAGCAGUUGCAGAGGCCCGAAUCCACGAGCUUCAGCAGAUGGAGCGGAAGUGGCAGCGUGAGGUCCUGGUGCGGCAGUUCCUCUCGGAGCGUCGGAAGCUGGGGGAAGAGUUCCGCGCAGAGUUCCAGGAGUUGCUGCUUCGCUUGGACCGAUCCUUCAAGUCUUUCAAGGCACAGAAGCAAAGGAGACUCGCUCAAGUCGGCAAAGCCGAGGGCUCCACCGCAGAGCAGUCCGAGGCUGCAGAAGAAGCAGAGGAGGAGGAAAGAGAAGAGGAUGAGAUUGUCGAGGUGCAAAGACGCUCCGAAAUCCUCCAGGAAAGCUUCAUUCAGCUCUCCUCGCAUCCCACGCUGUCGGCGUCCAUGUCCACGUUUCCGCUGAUCACCCAGCCACCGGACGAGAAGCCGCCGACUCCGAAGAGCGAGACGGUGGAGACACCGUGCCGAGCGCCGUGCCGAGUGCACUCGGUCAAAGCCAUCGAGUUGAAAAGCCAGGCGCGGAAGUUGGCACUGGUGCAGAGAUAUGCCGCUGCAGCCAAGCUUCAAGCAAAAGCAGAGAAGAUUGAGGAGGAAUGGCGACAAAGCCACCGGGUGAAACAAAAGGAGGCGCGGCGAAACCACGAGGAGGAGGCGCUGGAGAGGGAGAGGCUUCGCUUGGAAAGGCGUCUCCAGGAGGAGCAACGCGCCCUGGGCGAGCGCGCGCUGCGCGAGCAGCAGCAGCUGAUGCAUCAGCACGAGCGGAGGAAGGAGAGGCUGGUGCUCAGGCAGCAGAAGGUCUGGAAGUGCGUCGGAUCUGGAAGCCUGGAGGAGGCUCUCAAGCAAGCAGCUGGAAGAAGAUCGGAUGCCAGGAAGGCGAAGCGCCCGGCCUCGGCGCCGGACCGCGGUCGACCGCGCGGUGGACGAUGA